AUGACAAGCUGGGCGGAUAUUCAAAAAUUAGCCGGAGAUCUGCAAAGAGUUCAGCUAUCUCAAAGUUCGAAAAAGUUAUCCGAAGCGAAUUGUGUGGAAGUUAUUAGUCGAUUGAUUCAGAAUUCAUUGAUUGAUGUUGUUUAUACCAGGGAUGGACAAAGUUAUGUGACGAAGAGGCAUUUGGAGACGGAGGUGAGGGGAAUUUUCAUGGUGUAAUCGCGGAGCAUCGUUUUAACCGAUUUUUGAAGCCAAAACUUCUAGAAAAAUCGAAAAUGCUGGAUUUUCUGAAUAAAAAUCUCAAGAAAAUAUUUUCCAUUUGAAAGUUGGUUGAAUUUCAGUAAAAAGUUGAAUUUUACAGGAUUUUUGAAGGUGUAACCGCGGAGCAUCGUUUAAAUUGAUUUUCUGCCUCAAAACUUUAGAAAAAUCGGAAAUUUUGUUUUCGACGUAUUUUAUUACAAAAUAUCAAUCGGCAUAGGUCCGUUUUGGCGCCAAAAAUCUGUUUAAACGAUGCUCCGCGAUUACAUCUUAAAAAACAUGAAAAUUUAUAGUUUUACUGAAAUUCAAUCAAUUUGGAGUUUGUAAAUAAUUUAAUCCUUAAAAUAUUUUUUUUGAGCUUUUUAUUCAAUUUUUUCCCAAACUUCAAAUUUUUCUGGAAAUAUGAGUUCAGAAAGCGACAAAAAUCAGUUCAAACGAUGCUCCGCAAUUACACAAGCAUAAGUAAAACAUUUUUGAAUUUCUAAUAGAAUUUUAAAUUUUCAUAAAUUUUUUUGAAGUUUCCUGGGCAUUAAAUAUUUUAUUUGAAUUUUUCCUAAAAUUCAACCAAUUUUUAUUUAGCUCUCUCUAAUGUGGUUGUAUUUCAGGGAAAAAUUAAAUUCAGUAAAAAUCUCAAUUGAACCAAUUUUUAUUUAGCUCUAAUUUAUUUCCCCUUCAUUUUCCAGGUCAAAAAUGAGUGCAUUGCUGCCGGCGGUCGUGCUCCUCUCACCGAAAUCGCAACUUCUCUCAACAUCGAUUUCGAUCACAUCGAAAGAACUGCCAGAAUCAUCAUCCAAGAUCCUGAUUUCACAUUAUCCAAUGCUGAACUCUUCUCAACGUAAGUUCAAAUAUUCAAAAAAAAAUAAAUAAAAAAAAUGAAUUAAAAAAAAACAUGAUUUUUACAGUGAAUACGUCCACCGUCUGCGCAAUGAGUUACGCGAACUUCUUGACGAAAACGGUUUUCAAACAACCGCCUCACUCUGUAAACAUUGGGAUUUAUCACCGGAAUUAUUGCAAUCCCUCCUUCUCGAUCAAAUCCGCCAAGAUUUUCAAGGAGUUUUGGAUGGCGAUACGAUUUACACGAAUUCCUAUUUGGAAUCAAGGAAAUUGAUUUUGAGAGCGGUUAUUGUAGCUAUAACAAAGUAUGGAUUUCUGUAGAGAAAACCAGUAUUUUUUAACCAUUUUUUUUGCAGAGUAACCCCAAUUUCCAACAUUCAAAAACGAGUUGGGCUAACUCACAAAAGAUUCUGGGUGGCUUUUGAUGAAUUACUGACUGCUGGAGAGAUUCCGGGACAUUUGGUUGGUUCGAGAACUUCACCAGCUUGUGUUUAUACACCGGGAAUGUAUGAGGUUUUGGUGAAAUCGUGUGUUUUGGGGCAAAUGAGACAAGAUGAAUAUUUGCGUGAGUUUUUUGGUUUUGAAAAAUUUGGCUGAAAGGGAUUUUUUGAGCUGAAAAUGGUGGAAAUUGACUUAAAACUACGAUUUCUGGUUCAAAAAACUCGAAUUUUCAUGUCUAGAACCCUAAAAAAAGACCUAAAAAUACCCUAAAAUCAUCUAGAACCCAAAAAAACACAAAAAUUGUUCAUUUGAGCGAAUUUUCUUGUUUUGUUUUGUGGAGCCUGUGUUUUUAAGCUGAAAAAUAAAACUGGAAACUAAAUUUCAUGAUUUUUUUCCAAAUUUUGGGUUUUUUUUAACCUUAAAUUACGAUUUCUGGUUCAAAAAACUCGAAUUUUUCAAAUUUUCAACCCCAAAAUCAUCUAGAACUCAAAAACAUACGUCGCAUAGCCUCAUUCCAAAUCUACCAGUGCAUACCCCUAAUUUUGAAAAUUUCUGGCAAAAGGGAUACCCCCUACCAUUUUUCCUUUUUUUUUAUUUGCAGUUGUUAAAAUUUGAUAAUCAUAAUUUUUGUUAAAAUUUGAGCUCAAAAUUGCUUCACUUCGACAAAAAUCUCAUUCUCAUCACUUUUGGGUCAAAUUUUGAUUAAAAAUUCCUAUUUGUCAAAAACAAAAAAAAUACGUUUCAAAAUUUUGAUAUAAUUUAUUAUCAAAUAUUUUUUUCAAUAUAAUCACUAUUCAUAAGAUAAAUCCAAGUGGAAGAGUUUUUAGUAGUCGCAUUGAUAUAUUUUAUUUUAAUUUUUUGAUGUUAUUUGUUUUGGUUUGUUUGCCCAAGUUUGAGGUGUCAAAAAACAAAAAAAAUACGUUUCAAAAUUUUGAUAUAAUUUAUUAUCAAAUAUUUUUUUCAAUACCACUUUCUUUAUUAAUAAGAUAAAUUCAAGUGGAAGAGUUUUUAGUAGUCGCAUUGAUAUAUUUUAUUUUAAUUUUUUGAUGUUAUUUGUUUUGGUUUGUUUGCCCAAGUUUGAGGUGUCAAAAAACAAAAAAAAAAUACGUUUCAAAAUUUUGAUAUAAUUUAUUAUCAAAUAUUUUUUUCAAUAUGUUCCUCAUUCAAUAAAUCUCAAAUUUUGAUUAAAAAUUUCUAUUUGUCAAAAAACAAAAAAAAUACGUUUCAAAAUUUUGAUCAUACGUCGCAUGCGUGGGGUAAUCGACCCGAGGAGGGGUUAUCACUCACCCCAGUUUUUGGAAGGGAAUGUCACUUGAGAAAACAUUUUGAAGAAUUUUUCUGAGUUUUGUACUCUAACACUUAUUGGGAGUGAUUAAAAUUUCCACGAAUUUUGAUUUCAAAAUGUUCAUCCAAAUUUUGAGAAUUUUGGUUUUGAAUCAAAACUUUUGAUCUAUUCUCGAAAUUACUAUUUCCUAUACAAAACAUUGAAAAAAAUUGAAAAUAAAUUAUAUCAAAAUUUUGAAACGUAUUUUUUUGUUUUAGAAAAAUUAGAGUUUUUGAAUCAAAAUUUGACUCAAAAGCGGUGAAAAUGAGAAUAUUUGCCGAAAUGAAGCUCAAAGUUUAUCAAAAAAUGUAGAUUGUCAAGUUUAUAUGCUGAAAAUGAAAAAGGAAAAGGGGGAGGGGUUAUCCCUUUUGCCAGAAAUUUUCAAAAAUAGGGGUGUGCACUGGUGGAUUUGAAACGAGGCUUUGCGACGUAUGAUUUUGAUAUAAUUUAUUAUCAAAUAUUUUUUUCAAUAUGACUCCUAUUCAAUAAAUCUCAAAUUUUGAUUAAAAAUUUCUAUUUGUCAAAAAACAAAAAAAAUACGUUUCAAAAUUUUGAUAUAAUUUAUUAUCAAAUAUUUUUUUCAAUACCACUUUCUUUAUUAAUAAGAUAAAUUCAAGUGGAAGAGUUUUUAGUAGUCGCAUUGAUAUAUUUUAUUUUAAUUUUUUGAUGUUAUUUGUUUUGGUUUGUUUGCCCAAGUUUGAGGUGUCAAAAAACAAAAAAAAAAUACGUUUCAAAAUUUUGAUAUAAUUUAUUAUCAAAUAUUUUUUUCAAUAUGUUCCUCAUUCAAUAAAUCUCAAAUUUUGAUUAAAAAUUUCUAUUUGUCAAAAAACAAAAAAAAUACGUUUCAAAAUUUUGAUAUAAUUUAUUAUCAAAUAUUUUUUUCAAUAUGUUCCUCAUUCAAUAAAUCUCAAAUUUUGAUUAAAAAUUUCUAUUUGUCAAAAAACAAAAAAAAAUACGUUUCAAAAUUUUGAUAUAAUUUAUUAUCAAAUAUUUUUUUCAAUAUGUUCCUCAUUCAAUAAAUCUCAAAUUUUGAUUAAAAAUUUCUAUUUGUCAAAAAACAAAAAAAAUACGUUUCAAAAUUUUGAUAUAAUUUAUUAUCAAAUAUUUUUUUCAAUAUGUUCCUCAUUCAAUAAAUCUCAAAUUUUGAUUAAAAAUUUCUAUUUGUCAAAAAACAAAAAAAAUACGUUUCAAAAUUUUGAUAUAAUUUAUUAUCAAAUAUUUUUUUCAAUAUGACUCCUAUUCAAUAAAUCUCAAAUUUUGAUUAAAAAUUUCUAUUUGUCAAAAAACAAAAAAAAUACGUUUCAAAAUUUUGAUAUAAUUUAUUAUCAAAUAUUUUUUUCAAUAUGACUCCUAUUCAAUAAAUCUCAAAUUUUGAUUAAAAAUUUCUAUUUGUCAAAAAACAAAAAAAAUACGUUUCAAAAUUUUGAUAUAAUUUAUUAUCAAAUAUUUUUUUCAAUAUGACUCCUAUUCAAUAAAUCUCAAAUUUUGAUUAAAAAUUUCUAUUUGUCAAAAAACAAAAAAAAUACGUUUCAAAAUUUUGAUAUAAUUUAUUAUCAAAUAUUUUUUUCAAUAUGACUCCUAUUCAAUAAAUCUCAAAUUUUGAUUAAAAAUUUCUAUUUGUCAAAAAACAAAAAAAAAAUACGUUUCAAAAUUUUGAUAUCAUUUAUUAUCAAAUAUUUUUUUCAAUGUCACUUUCAUUAUGCAUACCUGCAAUCAUCAUCAUUUAUUAUGUAUACCUGCAAAAAGCGAAGUUUGAAAGACUUUCGAGAUUCUCAAUGUUUAUACAUUUAACGUGUCCAUUUCAAAAUCCGAGGGUUUUUUCUUGAUCUUUGGGAUUUCGUAUUGAGAAUAAAUUAAAACCAAAAUUCUCAGAAUUUUGGAUGAAAAUUCUGAAAUUAUCGAUAGAUAGAGUACAAAAAUGAGAAAAUUUCUUCAAAAAGUUUUCUGAAUUGACAACCCCUCCUCGGGUCGAUUACCCCAUACAUGCAACGUAUGGGAGCCCGUGUUUUUGAUGUAAAAAAAAUGAAACUGGAAGUUAAAUUUCACCUUUUUUUCCAAAUUUUGGGUAUUUUUCACAUGAAAAUACGAUUUCUGGUUCAAAAAAACUCGAUUUUUUUCAUAUUUUCUAUCCUAAAAUCAUCUAGAAAUCAAAAAUUUCGAUUUCAAAAAGGUUUGGGGUUUUUUUUCACUAAAACAAUGUUUCGAAAUAUUCUUGGCACUAAAAUUGUUUGAUUUUUGGUUCAGAAAAUUUUUUUUUGGAUUUUUUUACUGAAACAUCCACGUGGCAUUGUAAAGUUUGAAUUUUGAGGCUAAAAAUAAAACUGGAAGUUGAAUUUCACUGUUUUUCCAGAUUUUGGGUAUUUUUGACCUGAAAAUAGUGAAAAAUACCCUAAAAUCAUCUAAAACUCAAAAUUUUGCAGAAAUCUCAACUCUCAAAAAAUUGGGAAUCGAUGGAAAACCUGCCCUAGAACAACUUAUUGGAAAAUCCGAAGUCUCAAAACUCAUAUCACUUCCAACAAUUUAUCUAAGCUCAUCUCUCCUCGAAACCUGCAAAACUGCAAUUCUAGAAGAGGUUGAGAAAACUGGAAUCGCUGAAAUUCGCCAAGCACUUCAAUCGCUCGGAAUUCCAUUGGAUAAUUCGGAUGAGGAUGCGAUUGGAGAGCAAAUUUCAGGAAAAAAUCUGAAUUUUUCCGAAGGUUUUGUAUUUGAAAAUCAGAUUUUGCAAGAGGCAAUUAAAGCGAUUUCGGGAGAAAUUGAAAAAAAAGCGCAUGAAGAAGUUGAUCGAUUGGAAAAGGAGAAAAAAGGAGGCAAAAAAGAGAUAAAAGGAGAGGAUGAUUGGGGAGAAAAAAAAGGAGGAAAAAAAGGAAAAGCUGGAGGAAAAGCUGCGAAAGGAACACCUCCACCUUCAAGUUCCGCUACAAUUUCUGAAGAAGAACUCGAAAAAUGGUUGCAAAAUGCGAAAAUUGUGCCCGAAGAAAUAUUGAGCGUUGUUGUUGAGAAAAUUAGCCAGGAAGCGAAUCUUGAGCUGAAAAAGAAGAUAAACGAAGUUAUUGCAAGUCAAUUGACAUUAAAUGCGGCGACAGCGAAGAAGAGUUUGACAGCGAUGGCUGAGAAGGUUAAACAACUUUAUGAGACAUUUUGCACUUUUGAGACGGCUACUACUUCUUUUGCUGGUGAGCGUUUUGGGGUUUUUUUGCAUAUAAAUUUGUUAGACUAGGGUAUAGUUUAGUCAUUGGACAAUUUUUUGGGUUUUGGAGCUAAAAAAUUGAAUUUUCGAGGUUCUAGAGCGAAACAAUCAGGUUUUCUCGCUCUCAAAACGAAAAAAUUGAAUUUUCCAAUUUCUAGACUGAAAAAAACGACUUUUUCAUCAAAAACUGGGUCUUGGGGCAAUUUUCCAAAUUCUAGACUGAAAACAUCAGAUUUUUCAAGUUCUAGACUGAAAAAAUCGGAUUUUCCUGGUUCUAGAAGUAAAAAAUCGGAUUUUUCAUCAAAAACUGGGUUUUGGGGCAAAAAAUCGAAAAAAAAAUCAGGGUUUUUCGGUCUUGUAACGAAAAAAGCAGGUUUCAUACGUCGCAAAGCCUCGUUUCAAGUCCACCAGUGCACACCCCUAUUUUUGAAAAUUUCUGGCAAAAGGGAUACUCCCCCUCCCCCUUUUUCUUUUUCAUUUUCAGCAUAUAAACUUGACAAUCUACAUUUUUUGAUAAACUUUGAGCUUCAUUUCGGCAAAUAUUCUCAUUUUCACCGCUUUUGAGUCAAAUUUUGAUUCAAAAACUCUAAUUUUUCUAAAACAAAAAAAUACGUUUCAAAAUUUUGAUAUAAUUUAUUUUCAAUUUUUUUCAAUGUUUUGUAUAAGAAAUAGUAAUUUCGAGAAUAGAUCAAAAGUUUUGAUUCAAAACCAAAAUUCUCAAAAUUUGGAUGAACAUUUUGAAAUCAAAAUUCGUGGAAAUUUUAAUCACUCCCAAUAAGUGUUAGAGUACAAAACUCAGAAAAAUUCUUCAAAAUGUUUUCUCAAGUGACAUUCCCUUCCAAAAACUGGGGUGAGUGAUAACCCCUCCUCGGGUCGAUUACCCCACGCAUGCGACGUAUGGCAGGUUUCCUGGUUCUUGACUGAAAAUAUCGGAUUUUCCUGGUUCUAGACUGAAAAAAUCGGAUUUUUCAUCAAAAACUGGGUUUUGGGGUAAUCAUACAUAAAAUAGGUCCCCCGAGUCAGUUUUCAAAGUUAGGGUCCCUCCUUGAAAAUUUUCCAAAGUGAAACACCUUCCUCACAUUUUUGAGGGGAUUUUGGUAAAUUAUCAGCAGAAAAUUGGCCAAUUUAGGCACCCUUCCCUUCAAAUUUUUGAAAAAAGUUAAGCCCCUCACCCCGAUUCUGGGGACCCAAUGGGUCCGACCCAUUUUAUGUAUGGGGGUAAUUUUUCUUGUCCUGGAGCGAAAAAAGCAGGUUUUCCAGAAUCUAGACUGAAAAAAUCGAAUUUUUCUGGUUCUGGACUGAAAAAAUCAGGUUUUCUAGGUCUCGAAACGAAAAAAUCAGAUUUUCUAGGUCUCGGAACGAAAAAAUCUGAUUUUUCUAGUUCUACACUGAAAAAAUAUAAUUUUUCAAUUUCUGGACCAAAAAAAUCGGAUUUUCCUACUCCAAAUUGUUUAAAAAAAAUUUUGUGAAAGUUUUCAAACUGGAAAUUUACAAGAAGAAAAGAAUUUGAAUUUUUCAAAAUUACGAUUUUUUCCCCAAAAAAUUUUUUUUUCGAAGUUUACAGCAAAAAAAAAUAUUUUCCAGACCCACUUGCCACCGAACUUCGUCAAUAUCUUCUCAAAACCCUCGGCCUCGAAAUCUCAAAUGCAAUUCUCUCAUAUUCAACCGGAAUCGAUAAUGCUCAUCAAUUAAAAGAAAAACAACGAGAUGAAACCAUCGAUUCGCUUCCAAAAAUGCUCAAAGAGCCAAUCGCGGCUCUUUUUGCGUCCCUGAAAUCUGAUUCACUUGAAACAUUCCACGAUUCGAUUUAUGAUGCAACUUCUCCAUCAGCAACUUCGAUUUCAUUGAAAAAAGCGGAUAAGAAGAGUCGAAUUGAAAAUGGCGCGAAAAUUUGUGCGGAUUUGAGAGAGCAACUUGAGGCACAAAAUGAGCCGGCAACUGCACUUUUGCUAUCUGUUUUGUAUUUGUUGGCGAAAUCGGGAAGACCAACAAGUGCCAGUGGAAAAUUUGUGUCACAAUUGAUUAGGGAACUGGGUGAAAGUUGUUCGCAGGUAGACUUUUUUUGGUUAAUUGAAUUAGACCACGACCAUUUACUCCAAUAGAAAAUUGCCCCUCGGGUCAGACGAGAGACGACGGGAGUCUGAUGACGUCAUCUAAGACAGAGAAAGACAUCGCUUCGAGAUAUUUUUGAGAAAAUAUGUGUCCCUUUGAAAAAAUACCGUAUUUUGUUUCAAGGAACACAUGUUUUAUUGAAAAUAUCUCGAAGCGAAAUUCAUUUUCGAGAUAUUUUUGCAAAAUACUCUCGUCGUCUCGCGUCUGACUCAACGGGCGCCUUGUAUGGUCGUGAGACAAUAUAGUUAGAUAGGGAAAACAACUAGAUCAUGUGAUUUUGAAAUGAUUUUUGAUUUGAAAACUGGAAUUUGAAGAUCUAAAUCAUGAUUUUCAGCACAAAAUUUUGAUCGAAAAACUUUUUUUUUUCCCAGAGCAAAUUAUUAUUGGAAAAAUUAUAGAAAGGCUGUAAUUUCAAGGAAAUUCAGGAUUUUUUGAAUUUUCUGAAUUAGAUCCUGAUUUUCAGCACAAAACUUUGAUAGGAAAAUAUUUUUCCAGAGAAAAUGAUUUUUUGAUUUUAAAAAUUGAAAUUUGAAUCGGAAAAAUAUAGAAAAUCUCUAAUUUCAAGGAAAUUCACAAUUUUUCGAAUUUUCAGAUGAUUUUCAGCACAAAAUUUUGAUUCAAAACUGAUUUUUUCAGAGCUACCAAAAUGUUGUGCUGAAAAUCGAAUAAAAACAUCAAAGAAAAUGUUUUUUUCAUAAAAUUUUCCCCGAAAAAAAAUUGUCAGAAAUUUCAAAUUCUUGAAUUUGACAUGUUUCAUAUUUCCAGAAUUUCAUUACAAAAUUUCAAUCGAAAACAGUUUUUCAUAGCUUCAUGGGAAAAUUUUGUGCUGAAAAUCAUUUUCAAAAAAGUUUCUGGGCUGAAAAUUCUGGUUUUUCGAAACUAAAAUUGGUUUUUGAAAGAAAAUUCUGAAAAUCGCUUCAUUGUAAAUUUUCAAAUUUACUAGAGUCUAGUUUAGUCACUACUCGAAAUUUUUUACGUGAAUUUAAAAAAAAAUCUGCCUUCCCCGUAUAUUUUUCAAUUUACAAAAAAAAAACAACUCGAAAAUAAGUUUUUUUUUUCAUAUUUCAUAAUUUUUGUGGGAACCUAUUUUUCAUCAAAAUUUGAAUUUUUCGUUGAUUUGUGUGGGAUUUCUACAAGAUUUCUACUCUCUCAAAUUAUUUUCCGCCAAAUCGUUUCGUUUCUAAUUAUACCAUAUCAAUUCCACUUUGUUUUGACCACCCAGGGAACAAAAAACGCCGUUCUUAAUAUGAUAAAGAGAAAAUUCGCAUUUUUUAAAUACAAAAAUUGGUUUUGCAGGAAAUCGUUGAUCUUCUUCAAAGUUGUCAAAAAGGCGUCGUAACUUGCAUCAAAAAUAAGGACGAUGAUGUUUCCAAAGAAAUGUUGGCUGAAGAUUUGCAAAAAUUGAAGAAUCUUAUUUUGGCUUAA